AUGACGCUCUUGAGUUUAGCAGAAGAAGUCACAUGCCGGUUUUGGAGAGAACAUAAGGAAACCCCUGUACAAUCUCUUGUGUCACUGCGAACUCCUGGCAAGGCCAAGGACCAUAGAAAAGCUUUGUGUCAAGAGCCGCUCGGCUGCCGGCUUGUACGCCGUCCUAGACCGGGCGGUAAAAGCAUCCAUCCACUCCGAGUAGAACAGGACGGGAACGUCGCUAACGUGCUCAGGGUCGGAUCCAUGAAGAACAUCGUUGUAUGUUUUUCGGACGAGUCGAUUUUCCAAGUAUUGGUCGACAAAUCGCAGUUUGUACGGCGAAGGGCAAAUGAGAAAUAUAAGCCAGAAUGCAUUGUGCCGACCAUUAAACAUCCUCCUUCGGUAAUGGUAUGGUCAGUUAUCAGUUAUAAGGGACAAGGGGCCUUAUACGUUGUCGAUUGUACAGUGAAUGCCGAAAAAUAUCAGGAUGUUUUGGAAACCCAGCUGCUCCCUCAAGUGAAAAAAUGGUUCAACAAACGAGAAAAGGCAAUUUUUAUGCAUGAUGGUGCGCCUUGCUAUCGUGCACAAAAAAUAACAAAAAUUUUAGCUGAAAAAAAAGUAGAUAUUCUCGACUGGCCAGGAAAUUCGCCUGACAUGAACCCCAUCGAGAACGUCUGGGAGUUUUUGAAAUCUGAGGUUACGAUGAAAGCCCCUACAACCAAGCAAGAGUUGAUCAAUAUACUUAAUGACACUUGGAAACAUAACCAGAGCUCAAAAUAA